GACGAGGGAUGAAGAUUUGGAUUUAAAAGCUGUCGGCGAGCUAAAUCUUCUACACGGAGCAUGCAUACAGGGCGCUAACUGCCACAUAGAAUCGCUUUCGCACGCAUACCUUCGAUUCAACUAUAGAACUGACCCGAACACCAUCAGACGCUGAGGUCUGUCAUCAAUGGCAGCGAAGGCAGCUUUCUAAGCAAUUAAUCUCAUCUUGGAUCGAAAGCUUUGGAAAUGCAGCGGGUAACGCGGAGCCAGGCGAAGAAGGUACAGGCGCAGGGGAGCGAUGAGUUGGCCAGUUCGUCGUUUUGGCUGCCCUCCGUGCAGCCCUCGCCCGCUCUACAGGAACAGCCUCUUCAGCCUCUGUCUGCACAUGCCACGGGGUCCACUGUCAGCAGCGGCUCGCGGCACCUGCGCCCGGGCGACUGGCGUGCUGCGGCAGCAGCCGAGACGGGAGGGGGGCCCGUGCAGGCCCCUCCAGCAGACUUCUCGUUUGCCGUGGACAUCACGCCCAACAUCGACGAUGUGCACUCGCCGGCAUCCAGCAUCUUCACCGACGGCGCUGCCAGCCCCGCGCUCAACAGCUACAACGGGACCCCCAACGCCCUGUCGCCGCUGCGGCCCCGUGUACUGGCGACCAGCUCGGUGCUGGACGCCGCGGCCACGUGGGCUGGCACUCCCGCCACACAAGAAGGCACGCCGGCGAUGGGUAAAGAAGCGGCUCGCGGCGCCCAGACCGCUCAGGGCUCGCCCGCGUCGCUCGGCGGUGAUGAGGUGUCCUUCACCUGGCAGUCACAGUCGGCCGCCGACGACGAGGACGUGGAGCAGCCCGAGCUGCCGCAGCCGAUGAGUCCCCAGUCGCCCUCUGCCGCACUGCAGCGGAUCGGCUCGCUUGGGGAGCUGUCUACUCCUGGCUCUGGCGGCUACAACAGCCCCGUCAUUAACGUGACGAUGAAAGAGCAGCAGCCGCCUGAGUCCAUCAUGCGCUCCAGUGUCACGCACAACCCGCUCUUUGUGGACAGGCCCGCGCCUGUCAUGGAGAACGACACUGUUGCGAAGGCCCUGUCACUGACGCCAUGCAGCAAUGCGGACGACAGCGGUGCAGCUCGUGAGUCCCGUGGUGACAUGGUUCAGCCUGUGCAGCUGCCCGCUGAGCCGCCCAGCCCCAUACUGCCGGCCCUGGACCUGGAGACCCCCCGGCGCAGCAUCCGGGGCCUGUCGGCCAUGUUCGGCAACACGGGAGCCACCAGCGCAGGUGUCAGCGGCCACAACGCUGCCACCAGCAACAAGCAGCAAGCCACGCCUUGCUCCGGCUUGAGCCAGCCCAGCUGGGGUGCGGCCCCCGCUCAUGCGUCGGCCGCUGAGGUCACGCCCUGCUCGGCGCCCGCGCUGCGCGACAGUGUUGCUGAUGUCAAGGGUGCUUCCCGCCCGGAGGCGGCGGCCCCUGGUGCGCCGGCGGCCACCUCUCCCAAUGCGGGCUCGCGCCGUUCAUCGCUGCAGGUUGACGUGGAUGACACCACCGGGCCCCGCAACCUGGACCAGACUCCCCGGAAGACGGGCCGCAGCAGCAGCAGCAAGACAAAGGAGGCGGAUGUCCAGCAGGUCAGCUCGCAGCGCCGCACGUCGCUGUCCAGCGCACCCGCGUCGCAACCCGCAGCGCACAGCAAUGUCGCUCAGGCCGGCGCACAGGCGCCUGCUGCGCCGCAGCCCAAACAGCAGCGGCGGGCUUCGUCGGGUAGCAUGCUAAUGAGUGCGGCGUCCUGGUUGGCCAUUCUACUGUGCGCGGUGCUCAUGGCGUUCAACAACCCGUUCAGCUCCCUGCAGCACCCGGAAAGGUUCAUCGAGCUGAACAAGCUCGGCCCUGUGUGCUUUCCUGAACCGUUCCCUGGCGCCUGGCUCAAGUGGCCCGCCGCCAGCAGCGUGGCUGCGCCUAGCAGCCUGACUGCGUCGCCGGCGCUGGACAAACCGGUAGAUGCUGUGCAGCCAGGCCUCGUCAGUGACGUCACGCUCCUUACUCCCAGCGCGGACAUCGCCGCCGUGGAGUCCGAUCCCAGUCCCAAGCAGGAGGUUUCUGUUCAGCUGGAGGCGGUCACGGAGGCGCUGGUGUUGGUGGAGGGCGAGCCAGUUGCUGAGGUGGCUGAGCCGCAGCAGCCCAGCGCCGCAGAGGCCGUUGUUGAGGAGCCUGCUGCCGAGGGUGUCGUUAGCAGCAGCGCCCAUGUGGCUGAGGAGCCGUUGGUUGUUGGCGAAAUAGCAGCUGCGCAGCAACCGGAGUCCGCCCAGGAGGUGCCCGCGCCUCCCACUGCUUCGGGUUCCGCAGAGGCUGAUGUGCAGCCGGCCGAGGAGCUGCUGAAUGAGCCAAUCGUAGAGGUGGCGGUGGAGCAGGCUCCGCUGGCGAGCGUGCCAAAGACAGCCUUUGUCGAUGUGCCCGCUGAUGUGCCCGCUGAGGCUGAAUCUGCAGCCAGACAGGCAACGGGCACUGCUGAUGCCGCAGACGCCGACGCCCAGGUUGCCGACGUUGUGCCCAGCAGUGCUGACAGCAGCAGCAGCAGCGAAACUGCCAUGGAGCAGGGUCCUCGCCGCUUGCUAGGCUGGUCUCUGGCAGAGCUGUUUAUCGGCGUUGUGCUGGCGUGUGCCGCUGGCGUGGGCCUGGCGCUGGCUGUGGAGCGCUACGGGCUUUAUCCGGAUGCGCAGCGCGAGGCGGCCGCCGCGGCUGAGCGUGCUGUGGCGGCUAUGCAGCAGGCGCCCAAAGCUGCAGAGGCGGCGCCGGCUGCCCCGUUGCCGCUCACCCCGACCGCCCGCAUCCUGAAGCUGCGCACGCCUCUGCGCGCAGGUGCCCCAUGGUCCAAUGAGCGCACGGCGGUGGCAUCCGAGGCCGGCUCGGACGUGCACGAGCGUGACGUGCAACGGACGCCUGCGGGCGCCUUCGUGUGGAAGCAGAACCGUCUCGUCUACGUCGAGGACGGGUUGGAGUGAAGCGACAGGGUAGAUGCUUCGCUGUGUGGAAGGGACGUGCGCGGGGCACACCCAUCAGCACCGUUUCUUUGCUUGGUACGCUUUUGUAGGCGAAGGCUUAUGCCGUGAUGGGGUACUGGGGCAUCACGGCUGGAGAUGAUGACACCAAGCCAUAUCCAAGCUCUCACAAUGAAGAAUGCGAAGAGGGGACCAUGGUCAACGGCCGCUUGUGCUUCGAGGACGUGGGCAAGGCUCAUGGGUUUAAUUGGGUGCAUGCGAUUGUGCAGCUCCAUUCGAGUGCAACGAAGGGCGACUCUCUGCCGUGUAUGCUAGCAGGCUGGCGGUGGUUGCGGAUAGAGAACAGUGACCGAUGUACUAAGUGGUACACAGUCAACGCGAAGGCGCACGCAACCGCCACCUUAGAAUUGGCUGCGAGCCUGCGACCGCAUGCGGACACCGCAACGAUUGGUAAAGCAUGUGCAUGGAUGUGUAAUGGGACAGGGUU